AUGAGUACCACAUCCAACAACUGGAGCUUCUCCUUCUAUGAAGAGAGCUAUGACGAGACCUUCCAAUCAGAGAGCGAAGAAGACACAAAGAACUACAGUAAAACCUCAAUCUUGCCAGAGGAAAAUGCUGAGGCAGUACUUGAGAACAGCAAAGAAUUACCUAAAAGUGUUUACAAUCCAUUUCUUUUAACAAAGAUGAAUUAUUUCAGAAGAAAGUCGUCAAGGGUCAAGCUAAGAGUCUUUGAUAAGAGAGUGGUUAUCCCAAGAAGCAAAGUUAUUCAGAGUAUCCACCAAAAAAAUAAAAAGGACGCCGAUGCGUUGGUCUGGCAAAGUACUAUUCAUUUUAAUGCUAGGAAAGGGUGCCCAACAGAACAAUUGAUAUCAACCUUUGCUACAAUGGUUGGUUGCAAGUCAAGCAAGAUUACUUUGGUUAAAGAAGGUGACAAAAGCUGGUAUACAAUAGGCGUGUGA